UGGCUCUAUUCUGCAGAUUUAAAAAGCAACCACUUCAAGGGAAAAAAAUAAUUAUUUUGUUAAGAUUUAAGCCAGAAAGAAAAUGUCUGAUGGUGGAGUAAACCCACACUUGGAGGGGAUUAUUUCGGAUUUUGAAGCCCUUAAGAGGUCCUUUGAGGUGGAGGAUGUUGACACUUCCUCCCAUUCUUCGCCCGGCUCUCGCCGAGCCACCAACUCCCCUCUCCGGAACGCCAUGUCUCCCACCAGUAUCUACUACCGUGACCUUGGCAGCACAGCCCCCUCUACCAACAACAACAACCUCAACUAUUCCCAACCACGCUCCAUCAUGGGUGGGGGUGGUUCAAGGACCCCUGAGCCGGUGUCACGUCGUUCUGAACUCUCCAUUGACAUCUCCUCCUCUAGCAAGCAGGUGGAUAACAUCACCAGCCCUGCCUCUACGCGAUUCGUGAGCAACAGUGUACUGAAACGCCCUGAGGUCUUAGGGCACUCCAGGACCCCUGACAUGAGCCACAAGAGGGAGGUCACAUUUGCCAAGACCCUCACUGACUCCCCAGGGACCCGCCGCAAUGAGGGCAACAAUAACAACGGGAUCAUCCGAGCUCCUGAGCAGAAUCACUCUCGCAAGUUCGAAUCGGCGAGUCUGUCAGACCCCCGUAAACCCGAAAUCAACAUCACCAAAGCUCCCCCAGAGAACAACGGGCACCACCCUCACCACCCCAACCCUCAUCACAACACUAUUGUUACCACCUUUCGCUGCUCCUCCCCCAGCCAUGCAGGACGCAAGUCUCCUAAUCCUGACAGGUCAGAGGUCAGCCUGAGCCACAGCAACAUGUCUGAGUCCCCCAAGCCCCAUCAUCCCAUCCCCCCAGGCAAAGGGGAGAAGAGCCAUGCGGGGGACUUCAGCUACGUAGGCAUCGAUGCCAUCCUGGAGCAGAUGAGGAGGAAGGCCAUGAAGCAAGGCUUUGAGCUCAACCUAAUGGUUGUGGGGCAGAGCGGCCUGGGAAAGUCCACCCUGAUGAACACUCUGUUCAAAUCCAAGGUGAGCCGUAAUAAAUCGGUGCAGUCCGGCCCAGAGGAGAGGAUCCCCAAGACGGUCGAGAUUAAAUCCAUCAGUCACGAUAUUGAGGAGAAAGGAGUGAGGAUGAAGCUGACGGUCAUUGACACUCCUGGCUUUGGGGAUCAAAUCAACAAUGAAAACUGCUGGCAACCCAUUAUGAAGUUCAUCAAUGACCAGUAUGAAGCCUACCUGCAGGAGGAAAUCAACAUCGACAGGAAGAAAAGGAUCCCAGACUCCAGGGUGCACUGCUGCAUAUACUUCAUACCUCCUACUGGCCAUUGUCUCAGACCUCUGGAUGUGGAGUUCAUGAGGCGUCUCAGCAAAGUGGUCAACAUCGUCCCUGUCAUCGCCAAAGCUGACACACUCACCCUGGAGGAGAGGGAAAGCUUUAAAGAAACGAUCAGGGAAGAACUGCGAGCCAAUGGGAUCGACGUCUACCCGCAGAAAGAGUUUGAUGAAGAUGCAGAGGAUAGAAUGAUCAAUGACAAAAUCAGGGAGAUGAUCCCCUUUGCUGUGGUGGGCAGUAACCAGGAGUACCAGGUGAACGGGAAGAGGCUUCUGGGAAGGAAAACAAAGUGGGGCACCAUAGAAGUUGAGAACAUUGCACAUUGUGAGUUUGCCUACCUGCGGGAUCUCCUCAUCAGGACUCACAUGCAGAACAUCAAGGACAUCACAGGGAGCAUUCACUACGAGACGUAUCGCGUCCGUCGGCUAAACGAGUCCAACGGCCACGUCGUCUCCGAACCGCCUGACCACGCGCCGAUUCAGCCCAAGGCUCAGCUGGAGGAGCAGCCUGGCCCCCCGCAGACCAACGGCCUGGCUGCUCAACAUGAAGCCCUGUCCCAUGAGAUGUAGAGGUCAACGGUGGCACCGGGUUUUAACAUCAGACACACUCAGACACGCUCCGUUUACAUGAACAUCUCCAAAUUUAUACAAAACCCAGAACUUUCAUUUUCUUCCUCUCUUGGUUUCUUUCUUCCUUCCAUCGCUGUUCUGAGAUAAAACUCUUUGAUUCGACACAUCGUCACUUCAAAAUUACCCAUCAUGAAAGUAAUAGUUUGAGUCUUGGGUGUUAGAUCCGUGGUGCUGCUGAAGGUGAAAUCCUUUCAGGACCUCAGUUGAAACAAGAAUCCUUUUAAAAAUGAAGUACAGCAUGAACGCCCUGCGACCCACAAACAUUUCCGUGCCACUUGCCUGGUCUGUUUUGUGCUGUGGUGUAUAGUAAUGUAUAGUUACUGAGGUUAAUUAGGGCUAGGUUAGGAUAGAACGGACACCCCCGCACUGUGAAACCAAUCCUACAUGCAGCAGGAGUGCGGAGCAGCUCUUUCUGUUGCGUAGGACCUUCUGAAUUCCUCUUCUUUCCCAGACCAAUUCCACUAGUGUCGUUUCAUUCAACCGUGCAUCAUUUUGCAUUGCUUGUUUACUGUUGUAUUUUUAAGCCUUAUGUUCUAAUAUUAAUUGUAUAAGAUAAGGUGCAACCAUUUGUCCAAUGCAGCCUUUUCCUAUGUUGCUCUGCCAAAUGUUUUCUGUUGUUGGAAAGAGAAGCACAUACAGCAUAUAGAGCUGAUUUAUGAGUAGCUAUUUAUCUGUUGUUUGAUGUCAUGCUUAUAACUUAACUCCACCUGUAAGCUUCCCGAAGUUAGUAGCCGGCCAUAAAUAGUAGAUAACCGUAGCUUUUAAACUGUUGUCACCAAUGUGUUUCCCAUCGCAUGUCUCUCAUAUUUGCCAGACUGUCCAUCCUGAAAUCAGUCAGUAAGUGGAAAAAUUUCACUUUUUUUUUUUUUUUUGUUUCAUCCAUGACAAAAAAGAAAAAAAUGUGCCUAUAAAAUUUUACAGUAAUUGAUUAAUUUGAUGCAAACAUGUUUCAACUGCAUCUAAAAUGUAUUUUUGAUGACUUUUAUUCUAAGGGAUUUUUUCUGGGCCAAAUUAACCUGCCGUCGCUCAGUCAGCUUUGUAAGACGGAGCAGAAAUAUUUUCCGUAAUAAAUGCAAACAGAAAUAUUUUAUCUUAAGAAAAAGUAACUAAAUUACUCUUUGUUUACUGUUGUAUAGUUCUUGUGUAAUUUGUCAUGCUAUUUCAGAUUGAGGUUUUAUCUUUGAUAUGUUAGCUCAAAGAAUAAAGAUCGAUAUUUUUACUGUUGA